AUGAAGAAAGGAUCUCAUUUUCUGCCACUUCCUCUCAUGCUACCCUGGCACGACGGACGUCACUUGCCUUUACCUCCGGGUCCGCCAGGAAGACCUUUUGUCGGAAACAGUAUUCCACCCACUGAUGCCUUUCUCCAGUUCGAAGAAUGGACACAGGAUUAUGGCCCUGUGUUCUCACUGAAGCAAGGAGGUCAAACGACUGUAAUCAUUGGAAGGUAUCAGGCUGCCUGCGACAUAAUGGAAAAAGAAGGCGCGUCGUUGGUUGAUCGGCCCCGGAGUAUCGCAGCCGGAGACACGCUAUCUGGGGGGAUGCGCGUCCUACUAACUCCUGCAGGGCAAAGACUGAAAAGACUUCGCAAAACCUUAUCGCAGACAUACUCCGUGACCCAUCUCAGCAUCAAAUGCACGCAAAGAGGUGGCUGCAUUACCCCCUUAAACAAACUUAACUCAUCGUAUGUCAGAUAUUCUGCGAGCGUCAUCAUGACACUUACCUACGGCAAAACCACGCCAACAAGCUACACCGAUCCCGAAGUCCAACAAGUCAACAACUGCUUAUUCCGUCUGGGUGCAGCCGUCCGUCCUGGGACCUACCUUGUCGACACCUUCCCUAUCCUCGCUUAUGUGCCAAGCUACCUCUCCCAUCUCAAGCGCCACCACGAAGAGGAACUCACGCUCUUCCGGGAACAACUCGGGAACGUUAAAGGAAAGAUGAUCCAGGAUGAGGAACUCCCCCCGAGUUUCGCAAAGCACCUCCUCCAGAAUCAGAAAACCUACGGGUUGAGCGAUGAUGAGGUUGCGUACUCUGCCGGAUCGAUGUUUGGUGCAGGCUCGGAUACGACAGCAGCCGCCAUCAGUUUUAUGAUCAUGGCCUGUGCUUCCUUCCCGGAUGCGCAGAAAUGGGCGCAGGAGGAGAUUGACAGGGUAGUGGGACAGCAACGCUCUCCGACAUUCGGAGAUCAAGAACUCUUGCCGUGCGUCUCAGCAUUCGUCUUGGAGUGUACGAGAUGGCGACCCGUAAGCAUUUCAGGAUUCGCCCACAAGGCAACCAAAGAUAUUUACUGGCAAGGAUACGUGAUCCCAGCGGGAGCGGCUGUCAUCGGUAAUCACUGGUGCAUCUCGCGAGACCCAGAGGUCUAUCCCUCUCCGAACGAAUUCAUUCCCCAGCGCUGGAUCCGAGAUUCGGACUCGUCUCUCAACACUGAUAACAAACCAUUCACCUUUGGUUUUGGCCGUCGCGUUUGCCCAGGUUCUCACGUCGCCGAAAGAUCCUUGUUCCUCACGGCUGCUAUGAUCCUCUGGGCGUUCAACAUAAGCAAGUCCGGCCCAAUAGAUACCAUGGCAUUCACCCAAACAGCCAAUGUCCAUCCAUUGCCGUUUAACGUUGACAUCAAGCCUAGGUUUGAAGGUAUUUCGGACUUAGUUUCAGAAAUUCAGUAG